AUGUCCAAGCAAGGCUCAAGUACGCCAUGUCGCACCUUGAGCCGUCGUCAAUGGUUCUACUUGACAAAGGUCAAGAAGCGUUUCUACGUGUACGAUGACGAUGAAAUGGCGCUGCAUUCUGUCAAGUCCAAGUUGUUCAUUACGUACGUUACGUUCCUUGCUGCUGUUGCCGCCCGCGCAGCCCGAACAAGCAAGAACCGGCCCAAGGGCACCAUGCUCACGGCCCCCAUUGCCGUGAAUGGCGACGUCUACUUCGAAACAGUGCUCAAGAAAGUCGGUCCUGCUAUUCAAGAGAAGAUGCCGUUAGGUACUACGAGGCAAGGGGUGUUCGUGCAACAAGACAAUGCCAGCCCCCACCGAACAGUCACAACAUCGGCGCUGGAAGCUCGAGGCAUCGCAGGCAUCUAG